AUGAACGGUGGCACCGACGGCACCUUUGCUUUGGAUAAGGAGGCUUUCAUCGAUUACGCGUAUCUAGCUGUCCACAACAUGGCAGAACUAUCCAAGGCCUUAAUCAAGAAGUACUAUGGCCAGGAGCAGCAAUAUGCCUACUUCAAUGGCUGCUCAGACGGCGGUCGUGAGGCCGUAAUGACCGCUAUGCGCUAUCCGAAUGACUUCAGCGGUAUCAUUGCCGGAGCGCCCGCCAUGUUAUGGCAAUUUCAGAACAGCUUUCAUCACGCCUGGGACGCUGUGAGUAACUUGGACGAAAACGAGAAGCCGAUCUUUAAUCCGUCGCGUAUUCCGAUCCUACACGAUGCUGUGAUCACUGCUUGUGAUGCUUUGGACGGUGUGGAGGAUGGUCUCUUGACGGACCCUCGUAUCUGCAAUUUCGACCCCCGCACACUUCAACGCGCGGACGACGCUGACAACUCCACGUGUUUGACUGCUGCUGAAACCCAAGUGGCCGUGGACUUCUAUACGGGGCCUGUCGACGAGGCCAGUGGGGAGCAUUUGAAGGUCGGUGAGAUGAAGUUUGGGUCCGAGACGGCGUGGAUUGGCUCUAUGGCUCUGUCAACGCUCCGUUACCUCGUCUUUAAGAAUGCCCCAGGUGCCAACUACACGCUUGCCGACUUUGUCUUCGCCAACUCGACCAUUGACCUGUUACGACCGCACCAUCCCUUCCCGGAUGCUGUAAGUCCUGAUCUCUCGCCCUUCCACGAAGCUGGAGUUAAACUUAUUCUUUGGCACGGUUGGGCGGAUCAGCACAUUUCGCCGCACACCACUAUCCAGUACCACGAGAAGUUGAUCGACAAUAUGGGCGCUGACGCUAGGGCAUGGCGUCGCUCGACUUGUUGA